AAAGCAUACAGUUGUUGGCACCCUUACGGUCAUUGGCACUAAUGUUGAAUAUUCCAAUUUAUUAAGAAAAACGUCGCAUUUGGUUAUGCUUUUGUUCGAUCAUUAGGAACUGGCAACAUCGCUCGAACGAUCUCCAGAAUCCCAAGAGUGCUCUUUCAAAGUAGAGUUAUUGGCGGGACAGUAUGUGUCGAGUGUUCUGGAGCGAACAGAUAACAAGAGAAUGCCGAAAGUCAGGGAGGGAUCAAACUACAACAAAAAAUAUGACGAAGAGCUUUUGCAAAAAGCCUUAAGAGAAAUAGAGGAAGGGGAAGCAAAGAAAAAAGUUGCCAGAAAAUAUAAUAUACCAAGAGCCACAUUGCAAUUCAGAUUGAGUAACGAAUUUAAGAAAAUAUCGCAUGGUCCCAAUCCUAUUCUCACCACUGAUGAAGAAGAAAUGCUCGUUAGGUGGAUAUCAGACUGCGUAAAAAAAGGCUUUCCACAAAGAAAAGAAGACUUACAAGCCAGCGUAAAAAACUUUUUGGAUGAAAAUCCCCGCCCAAAUCCAUUCAAAGAUAAUCUUCCUGGAGAUGGAUGGUACAAGAGUUUCUUGCGUCGGCAUCCAGUUUUAACUGAACGCCAAUCAGAAGGUGUUACACCGUCCAGUGCCAAUGUAAGUGAAUCAGACAUAAGAGGAUGGUUCACAAAUAUCGAAAACUACCUCAAGGAAAAUGAUCUGUUUCAAAUCUUAGAGGAUCCCUCUAGAAUUUUUAAUGCAGAUGAGACAAAUUUUCAACUUUGUCCCAAAACGAAAACUGUUAUUGCAAGGAUCACGAAAUAUUUACGAAAUCGAUCGGGGACAGUCAAAAUCUAA